UAGCUUAGUGACUUGUCGUUAGGACGUUGCUGUAUUUUGCGCUAACAUGGCAGAAACUGCACCAGCCGUCGCCGCUGUCCCGCCAUCAGAGGGCGCAGCCAAAAAGAAGAGACAGCCGAAGAAAGCCGCAGGAGGAGCCAAGAAGAGCGGCAAGUCUUCAGGUCCCAGCGUCUCCGAGCUGAUCCUAAGGGCCGUGGCCGCCUCUAAGGAGCGCAGUGGAGUUUCUCUUGCCGCCCUGAAGAAGGCUCUGGCUGCCGGAGGCUACGAUGUGGAGAAGAACAACAGUCGCAUCAAAGUGGGGGUGAAAGGAUUGGUGACCAAAGGAACUCUCACCCAGGUCAAAGGCACCGGCGCUUCCGGCUCCUUCAAGCUCAAUAAGAAGCAGCUGGAGAGCAAGAAGGCCGCCCUGAAGCCCAAGAAACCAGCGGCAAAGAAAGUGGCCAAGUCCCCGAAGAAGCCCAAGAGAGCUCCGAGUGCAGCCAAGAGCCCCAAGAAGGUGAAAAAACCCACAAAAGCGGCUGCUGCCAAAAGCCCAAAGAAGCCUAAAGCCGUGAAGCCUAAGAAGGCGGCGAAGCCCAAAGCAGCCAAGAGUCCGGCCAAGAAGGCAGCGAAGCCCAAAGCCGCCAAAAGCCCGGCCAAGAAGGUAGCUAAGCCCAAGAAAGCUGCGGCCAAGAAGUGAUGGAAGAGCCGCCGUAGCAGCCUCGCUUCCUUGUUAUCCCCCCAAAGGCUCUUUUCAGAGCCACCCA